AUGAUGAUGAUGACGACUCCCAUCUCUGAGUUACCAGUAGCACCAAGCAAAGAGACUCUGGAUGCACUGGUUCAUGCUACGGCACGCCAGUUAAGUGUUGAAGAAUCCAUAUCCGCGCAAGAGGACAUCUUUGGGGUCGCUCGAAAACAGCCAGAUCAGGAGAGAAAUGACGAACUUCCAGCCACGCUUCAAAUGCUGGAAGCCCGUUUGAAAUCUACAAAGAAAGGGACUGCAUAUGAAGUGGCAGAGAGAAUAGAUUCCUCGUACUGCACAAACCAUGGUUUUCGUCUCAUGUUCCUCCGGGCCAACAAGUACAACGCAAAGAAAGCGGCCCACCAAAUGAUUUCAUUCUUUGAUCAGAAACUGAACCUCUUUGGCCGAGAUAAAAUUACAAAAGACAUUACCUUUGACGAUUUGGAUGAAGAUGAUAAAAAAUGUCUUGAACAAGGCAGUACUCAAGCGGUGAGUACUUCGAAAAGACACAUUCUCACGUGCUUUCCGGGACUUCGAAAGUUCAACACCGGUACCAUCGCAAACGAGUUGCGAGCACGGUAUUACAUCAUAAUGAGUCUCUUGCAGUUCAAGAACGCUCAAAUUGAUGGGAUCAACGUUGUCAACUAUGCAGUGGGCGCUCUGAAGGAUCAGACCUCUGGAACCGGCUUUGUGGCACUGACUCGUCUUCUUCUAAGCCUUCCAGUCCACAUUGCUGCUGCUCACCAUUGUUGCGAUGACGUAGCCCAGUACCUUUUGCUGAGCGGUGCUCUUCGCCUCGGCUCUGCUUCUAACUUGGCUCGACUCAUGGUGCAUUACGGCAGUCACACAGAGGUUGCCUACAAGCUAGGAGCCUAUGGCAUCCAACAGUCCUCCUUGCCUCUGAAUCCCGUCACCCACGAAGUCGUGUUGGAUAACCAUCAUGCUUGGAUACGCACACGCCAAGUCAUGGAUGCUGUCCAGAGUGUACCGCGAGAUUUCUCCAUGGCCCGCCCAUCCCUGGUUGGGAGUCAAGGGGGGUUUGAAAUGCCGUCCCAUUUGAUGCCGUCUCAGAAGAAAUCAGGUGGUGUCGACACUGCCACCCCCAACAAGGACAUUCACCCACGCCGAGAUGAUGUCUUGUUUGGACAAGAAAACAAGGGCCAUCCCGGAAAUAUGAAGAUGCAUCAGCUGAUGGAUCACUUGCAAAAACAAUAUGAGGCUGCGGACAAGCAAGGCAAGAUGAAGAUAUCUUUGGUGGUUGUAUUCAGUAUGAAGGGAACAGGUUCCCGAUUUUUGGAUUACGACGAUGCAACUUUCCAAUGGCAGGUUGUCUCGGACACUGUGGCUCGAAACAGAGUAGCCAAGGCCAUUCGUAAUCGACGAAGGUACAAAGCCAAGCAAGAAUCCAAGUAA